AUGUUAAGCACGCCUCAAGAUAUCAAAGACCAUCGUGAACUAGACGAUGAUAAGCCUCCUGCAGUAGUUGUGUUGAGGUCUGAAGUAAAACAAGAGUUUCAGCAUUUGGUCGUGCAGCCUGACGAGUGUGUUACGCUGAUGACUGCUAUUGACGCUCAAGAUAUGGAUUUGGCUGGACAUUGUGUCAAGGUCUACUUUGAUCUUUCACAGGCUCUGUUGGCAUUAGAUACAGCCAGAUUUAAUCCAACUUUUAAGUCUACAUCGGCUAUGCUCGAGUUAAAGAGCAUCACGUAUGACCGCCAUGCCGAAGAUUUGCAAAUGCAUGAAACCAUACUGGCCCAGUACUUACUCGAAGCGGCAUGA